GUAUAGUGAUGGUAGUGGUUCUCGAUGUCCAGUAUAUCACUUCGAACUUCUCGGCGAUACAGGUUGUUCGCGAAAGUUAAAAGAAAACAUAGUCGUUACUAAGCCUGAACUCGCGACAAAAUGACUAAAGGCGCCUACAUCAUUAACCAAUUAAGUGAUAAACCACCUCAGAGGAAGAGUAAGGAACGCUUAUGGGCCGUGUUGAUCGCUUGUUCAGUCGCGGCGUUUGGUCCUUUUAGUUUUGGAUAUUGUAUGGGUUAUUCGUCCGCAGCAGUUACCCAACUGGGGAACCCGAAUCGUACAGAUGUCCUACUUGACAAAAACGGGAUCAGAUUGUUUGGGUCUAUUUUGAACAUUGGUGCCAUGAUAGGAGGUCCCCUUGGUGGAUGGGUAAUCGAUUUCUUUGGCCGUAAGCUGGCGCUAAUGAUCACCGCGCUCCCUUUCAGCGCUGGGUGGCUGAUGAUAGGUUUUGGCUCAAAUGAAGUUUUACUUCAUGCUGGAAGAUUCCUUUCAGGUCUUGGAGUGGGCAUGGCGUCACUCAUAGUACCAAACUACAUUUCCGAGACUUCCCCAGGUCGUCUUCGGGGUGCAUUUGGUGCAUUCAACCAAAUUGGAAUUGUCGUUGGUAUCUUGUCAUCCUACAUAAUCGGGCAUGCCCUCUCCUGGCGUUGGUCCGCCAUCGCAGGAGUGGGACCUCCUGCCUGUAUGUUUGUUUUGAUGUUCUUUAUGCCAGAAACAGCUCGCUGGUUGCUGGCUCACCUUAAGGAAGAGCGCGCUUAUAAGACUCUAAGAUGGCUUCGUGGAAAAUAUGCUGAGAUUGAGAACGAGAUUGCCGAAAUCAAGGAUAGUUUGAAUAUUAAGGAGAAGAUGUCAAUCAAAGAAUUCACCAAACCCAGUUUUCUCCGGCCUUUUAUGAUCAGCAUGACCCUCCACUUCUUCCAACAAAGUACUGGGAUCAACGCAGUCAUGUUCUACUGUGCCACGAUUUUCGAAAACGCUGGUUUCCAAGACAACAGUACCAUGGUAUCGAUCUUGAUAGGUAUCAUUCAACUUGUCGCUGCUGUCGUGUCCAUCCUCUUGAUCGAUCGCGGUGGUAGGCGCUUCUUGCUUUUAAUCGGUGGCGUCGGAAUGUGUGUCAGCUGCUUCAGUAUGGGUUUCUACUUCUUCGUUACAAUCAAUUCCGUACCAGAUACCGACAUAGCCUAUGGUGGCCCUGACAUUUCGUGGGUGGCUGUAACAAGCAUCGCCGUGUAUAUCGUUGGAUUUGCGAUGGCUUGGGGUCCCUGUACUUGGCUCAUAAUGAGUGAGAUAUUCCCCGUGAAAGCCAAAGGAGUUGCCAGUGGUAUUGCCACUUUCUUCAACUGGUUUUGCUCCUUCCUUGUCACUCUUUCAUUUGACGUGCUCAUCGACGGACUCACCAUCGCGGGGACGUUCUGGUUCUUUGGAAGUCUCGCAUUUCUCGCUGUGCUUUUCGUCUACUUCUAUGUCCCGGAAACGAAAGGAAAAUCGCUUGAGGAGAUUCAAAUGUACUUUGAAGGCGAAGAGCAAGAAGGAAAAGAUUUGGACGAAAUUUCCGUAACAGAAACUAAACUGUAGGCUACGUGUGAGAACCAAAAUACUGACUGUCAAAGCAUCAACGUGGUACUUUUCAUAAAACCUAUGCAACGGACAGCUGCUUGAAAGUUAAAAUUAAUUUGAUUUGGACAUGGACAUUCAGUAGAUCCUUUUCAAAAUAGCGGCAAAGAAUUUUAGGAAAAAAAUUGGAGCUACAUGAGGAUUCACGCUCCAUUCCCAGUCACAUAAACGUCUGUAAUUAAGCGACUUCAGGUUUUCAUUUCCGCCCAGAAUUAAGGCAGUGGCGGAUCUAGGGGAGGGGCCCGGGCCCCCUCCCCCUAAUUUUAGUUAAAAAAAACAGAGAAUCGCAGAAGGGAGAAAGCCGUCAGGGUAGCCCCUCCCCCACGGGGAUAAUUUUUCCGAGUGAUAAAUUUGAGAUUUCAUUUGCUAUGCUAGAGGGGGGACUCAUGUCCCUUUUACUUACUAUACUAAACUAUUUCAUUCCUUCGAUAUUAAUUCUAGUCCUCCACUGUGUCUGGCUUAUAUUUCUUAAAAUUUUCGAUUAGUGUUAAAUCAAACAAUAUUCUUCAAUUGAUGUAUCUCUUUCGUCGUCAACUUUCUGUUUGAAAAAUGUAUGAUUUUACUAGGCGUGAAAUUUCAUUUCGGUCACUUCUGGUAGUGAAAAGGUCGACAUUGCAACUUCUUCGAAACAUAAUGCAAAAAAAAAAGAAACGAUCGAAAAAAUGAAAUACAUUUUGAUACGUUGAACGGGAAAUUUAGUAUAAGUCAGUGUAUAUAAUGUUAUUUAACGGGAAAUGAACUCGCUGUUGGUUAAGCGGAGGAAACGUUGAACAUUUUAGUGCUUCAGAAGACAUUCGAGGAAUGAAAGAUCGUCGACUUAGAAAUUAGAGUAAUGCAAGCAAUUUGCAUUUUACUCGUGAGAUAAAUACGGUAGAUUCACUUUGGAGUGUGCUUUUGGAUUGUGGUAAACUUUGCCUGACAUUGGUGGCAGAGAAAGUCCAAGCCAGUGAAAUUUUGUUCGUCUUAGGUGGAAAUGUUCAUAUUCCAUAAUAUAUGGCGUUCUCAGUCGAUGAUAUUUCUUUCCUUGUACUGCGUCUAACGAAGCACGUCGCUCUCUGAAUUGUUACAACGCAAAACGCUUUCAUGAAUAAAUCAAUAAUUUAAUUUUCGAUCAA